GAUGCCCAGGGCGGAAGUGGAGGAGCGGCCGGAAGUAGUCCGAAUCCCAGUCAGACUGACCGGCUGGUAGGCUUUGACAGGAGCCGGAGCUGCGGAAAGAAGUUGGUGGCAAUGGAGUUGGGCGAGCUGCUUUAUAACAAGUCGGAGUACAUCGAGACGGCAUCUGGAAACAAAGUUAGUCGCCAGUCUGUGUUGUGUGGAAGUCAGAACAUCGUUCUCAAUGGCAAGACCAUUGUGAUGAACGACUGUAUUAUCCGAGGGGAUCUGGCAAAUGUGAGAGUUGGACGUCAUUGCGUUGUGAAAAGCCGGAGUGUCAUAAGGCCACCUUUCAAGAAAUUCAGCAAAGGUGUUGCAUUUUUUCCUUUACAUAUCGGGGACCAUGUCUUUAUUGAGGAAGAUUGUGUGGUCAACGCAGCUCAGAUUGGCUCUUACGUUCACGUUGGCAAGAACUGUGUGAUUGGGCGCCGGUGUGUAUUGAAAGAUUGCUGCAAAAUUCUUGACAACACAGUUUUACCCCCAGAAACUGUGGUGCCGCCAUUCACUGUCUUCUCCGGCUGCCCAGGGGAGACAACAUGAAAAGAGAAGCAAUUUCUGGAUGGAAACGCACAUUUGGAAUUUGAAAAAGCAGGUGCACUGCCAGUGAGCCCUAGGUGAAAUGUCCAACGCCCAGAGGCUGAUGCCAGGCCAGCAUGAUGUACAUGGUUUUGAGUGGGUCAGACUGACAACAUGAAAAGGAAGCCUUGCUUGUCACUUGGACUUGGACCAUGGCUGUCUGGUACUGCAGUAUGACUUUCUGCAAGAAGCCAAAGAAAAGCAGCUGGCUCUCUUGGAAUCCCAGAUUCACUGAUUGUAAAAGUCUGCAUGUGACUAAGCUGAAAACUGGCCUCUGUGAGCUGUUUCAGCCCCAGCAGGAGCUGUGCUGACCUGGAAGCAGACACAGGCUCCAUGAAUAGGACUCAGACCCUGGGACCGUUGAAGGUUUAGGACCCCUUCUGUAGAGCUCUCAUUAUGAAAACCUACAUCGUGGAUGCUGGCCGGACCGUCGGGCCACAUACACAUGCCCACAGGAGAAGGCUUAUUCUCUGAUGGGACCAUCUACAAUCAAGCUGCUGGUCAGCUCUUUGUCGCAAAUGCGGAGGCUACCUGCAUCCUGAUUUGUGAUCCCUGCCAAUGUUGGGGGAGGGCACAUCACAGGGACUGUGACCCCUCCACCUGCUGUUGAAGAUCAGACUCUGGGCCUUCUUGGCAAGGAUGUCUCACUGGUGUUGACUUGUGUUCGGCUUUCUAGACUAGUUGCAGCUUAACCACAGUGGGCUGAUAGCCUGAUUCUAUUUCCUUACUGUACCCUCCCACCCCCAUACACACCUAGUAAGGUAGGUUCAUUAUUUGAAUAUAGCUGUCUCAAGAGGGAUUGAUCUAGGCUGUUCACUGAAUAAAAGGAAUGGGAGAUGAUGUACACCCAUUUGGAAACUUUUGAAAAUUCAAGCUUUCAUCCUCCACUAGUCUGCCAGGGCUCCCAGAACAAAAUGCCUCAGACUGGGGGGCUUAAAUUAGAGAAAUAUGUGCUCUCACAGUUCUAGAGGCCUGCAGUCCUAGACCAAGGUAUUGGUGGGUUUGACUUCUCUCAAGCCCUCUCUCUUGGCUUAUAGAUUCUCACCGUGUCCUGACAUGGUCGCCCCUCUGUGCUGUCUGUAUCCUGAUCUUCUCUUCUUCUAAGGACACCAGUCAGUUUGGAUGAGGGCCCACCCUAGUGAUUCUAUUUUAAUUCAGUCAGCUCUUUGAAAGUCCUGUCUCCCAAUAGAGUCACAAUUCAGAGGUACUGGGGGUUAAGGCUUCAACAUAGGAAUGGCAGAGGGGACACAAUUCAACCCCUGUAACACAUCCUGACCAAUGCCUGAAUUUGUCUUUCUGGUUAAGUUAGAUAAAAACGUUUAUCUGCAAAAAUGUAUUUGUGUCUCUUGUAUAUAGCCUUUGCAGAUAAAAAGCCUGGAGGAGACUAAGAGGGGAUUGGAAGAAUGUCGUUGGGUUGCUGAACAGCGGGGCCUACAGAUUUUGUAGCAAUGAAAAGGCAAAGUCCUGGCACCUGGAGAGCCUGGGGGAAAUGGUGGGGGGCAUCUAUAAUCUUGGAAGCUUUCCCCUCUUCCUCACGGAAAGCUCCAGUGCUACCUUUCCAUGCUCUGGAGUGCUUUGAGUUCAGACCGCUGAGCCUGUGAUCACACCAGGCAGCCCUGGCUCUGACGACAGAGGGGGCCAGGGCCCUGCACUUCCACACAGAGUGCACACUCAUGAGAUGGGGACACUUGUGUCACAGACAAGUAGAAUUGUUUGGAACUGACUGCCUUCACGCAGCUCUUCCGAUACCAAGGGCUGGCUGGAUCUUCCAGAUUGGACUGGAAGCCCUAGGGCGGGAGAACCGUGGUAAGAGGCUUACACUGGGGGCCCUGUUACCCUUCACUGCCUAACAUAUGUCUUGCUUGAGGUACCCUAACAUUGAAAACUCAUUUCCAGUGGGACCAUGUGCCCUCUGGGACUGUACUAAUGUCUUUGUGCCCUGUCACCACAUUGCCUCAGCCCUGGAAGGCUUCAGAUCAGCCUGAACUUACUGGCCACAGCUGUGCUGUACCUGAAUUGGUGCCUGGAGCCAGGUAAAAAUGAAUCAUACAGAAGUUUAGGGAGGAAGCCACUUGGCUUUCUAAGAUAGACUGUUGUUCUUUUUUUAAUUGAGGUAUGGUUGACAUAUAACAUUAUAUCUAAAGUAGACUUUGAUGGUUAACGGGACCCCUGGCAGGCAUAACAGAUCAGCACUGCAGUUUGGGCUCAUCUUUUUGCAUGGGGUCCUACUGAUAAUACAUUUGCUGCAAAGAAGCAUGAGCCAAGGCCGAGGGCCAAGGGGAUGGACAGCACAGAAGGGAGUUAACACAGUAAGCCUGAGACUGCUCUCCUUGUUUGCAAGCCUGACCCUUGGCUGGCAUCUGGGUAAUUGGAUUUUGAGUGGGUUCUCACCAUUACCUAAAUAGUAAGAAUGGCUCACUGUGCCUAAACUGUGCAGACAGUAUGGUUUAUGCUAAAUGCCUGCUUUUCUUCUAGGAAUCCAACAUUUUGGUAUGUGCCAGGCAGAGGGUGUCUACUUGGCCAGCCUAUUGGGCCAGCAGUAUAAAACCCUGGGCACUGAGCCUCUAAGGAGCUUCCCUGGCAAAUAACACUUCACACUUGCUGUCAUAACUCAUUGCUGGAGGCAUUAAGUGUUCUUUGUGUCUAUACUGCGAGAAGGCUCUGGGAAGCUUGUACCUGGUUUCCUCUGGGCUUUGUGCUAUGCACCUUUUUCUGUUUGCUGAUUUUGCUUUGUAGCCUUUUGCCGUAAUAAAUUAUAGCCGGCUGUCAGUAAGACUAUAUGCUGAGUCUUGUGAGUCUCCUAACAAAUCAUCAAACUGGGGUGGGGGGGGGCACUUUCGGGACUCCCAAAACAGGAACAAGGGGGACUUCUGGGGUGUUGGUAGUGUUCUCUUUCUCAGUCUGGUGUUGUUUAUGUGGGGUGGGUUCAAGUUGUGAAAAUUCAUUGAGCUGUACAGUUAUGAUAUAUACGCUUUCUACAUAUCUUAAACUUCAAUAAAGAGAUUACACACCACCAGA